CAGCAGCAUCGCCGUUCCGCGGAGAGCUUGUGACCUGCGGGAAGCUGCGACGCGGUCCGACGACGACUUUUCGGGCACCGACGGCACCGACUCCGCUUUGUCCCCAAAUCUUGGCCAAAAUCCCAAACCAUGUGAACUCUCCGUUUCCCCUCUUGUUCUCUUAUUAAGAACCAGAACAAAUUAAGAGACAAAGGAGGCUUUUUUUUUUUUGUUGGAGCUCGCUCUCCCCAAACCAUGGCGUUCUCGCGGCCGUCGUCAAUGGCGAGAGGCGUGCGGCACCCCCGGAUGUUCUCCAGCCGGCGGUCCUCGUCGUACACGCUCGCGCUGACGAUACUGCUGAUUCUGUCGGUGGUCCUCCUGAUGCUCCUCGCGCUCGGCAUAUUCUCCCUCCCCGUCCACUCCGACGGCGCCUCCGAAGCCACCGACAUCCGCCGCGUUAGAUCCAUCUCCAAGAAAAGAAUGCCGGGUGGGAAUGGGCAAUGGACGGAGAUCAUCUCGUGGGAGCCCAGAGCGUUCGUCUUCCACAAUUUCUUGUCGAAGAAGGAGUGUGAGUAUCUAAUUAAUCUAGCAAAGCCUCAUAUGGAGAAAUCAACUGUUGUUGAUAGCGCUACCGGGAAAAGUAAAGACAGCAGGGUUCGCACAAGCUCAGGCACAUUCCUGCAACGAGGCCGAGACAAAACCAUCCGAGACAUUGAAAAAAGGAUAGCAGAUUAUACCUUUAUACCUGUAGAGCAUGGGGAGGGCUUCCAAGUUCUACAUUACGAGGUUGGACAGAAAUAUGAACCACACUUUGACUACUUUCUUGAUGAAUUCAACACUAAGAACGGGGGUCAGCGUAUGGCUACUCUUCUAAUGUAUCUUUCAGAUGUUGAAGAAGGUGGUGAGACAGUGUUCCCUUCUGCAAAGGUCAAUAGUAGUUCUUUACCAUGGUUCAAUGAGCUAUCUGAGUGUGGAAAGAAAGGUCUUUCUGUUAAACCAAAGAUGGGAGAUGCCUUACUUUUUUGGAGCAUGAAGCCUGAUGCCACUCUAGACCCAUUAAGUUUGCAUGGUGGAUGCCCUAUGAUUAAAGGGAACAAGUGGUCAGCUACGAAAUGGAUGCGUGUCCAUGAGUAUAAAGUUUAAUUUGUCACAUUAUAGGUUUGUCAGUUGGAUCAUUUGGCUUUUCCACUGUAUCUUUCAGCUGAAGUUUCCAUCCAUUUCAUAGCCUGACUAAUAUUUUUGCCCUCUCCCUGUACUUCAUCUCUUCAUACAGAAUCAACAUGGUUCUUUUCAACCUAUGGUUAAGCUUGUGUUAGACUGUCGUUAAUUUGUUGCUGAUAUUUCAGUUGUAAUUUGAUAUACCCAGCUGCGGAAAGAACUGAUAAGGGACUGAGAGGAGUAGGGGCAAAUGGUCAAUGGCUGUUUUGGCUAAAAAAAUGGAUUCUGACUAAUUUUAUGCUGGAUAUUGUGCUGUUUUAUAUUAUAAUGACCGAACACGUUUGCUAGUGAACAAAUGUUACAGAGUUGCAUUUUUACUAUUCCAGUAUGGUGAUCCAUCAUUUUCAGUGCAUUAUACUAUGUAUGUGAAUAAAACAAUGCUUAAAAGCUUUACUCAGAA